GAGAAGAACACUCCCAAUCUUUCUUUAAAUUCGUCCCCUUUCCUUGCAAUCUCAUCAUCAUUCCCAGAUCUUACUUCACCCAAACACGAAACCCCUUUUGCCAAUCUUUCAAAAUUAGAUCAAUGUCGAAGGCUUUGUGGUGGAUCGCUUCCCUUUUUAUUUUCUUAUGCGUAUCCCCCUCCCCUUUUGGGGUAUUUGCGAUUGAUGAUUUCAAUCAAGCGUUUCCUAUCAUAGAACCUGAUCCAGGUCAUACAAAACUUCGUAUUUCCAGGGAAGGACUGGAGGCUAUUUCGAGAAUAACAAAUCCUAUAGCAGCCGUUGCUGUGAUUGGCCCAUAUCGAUCUGGAAAAUCUUUCUUACUUAAUCAGCUUCUCUCACUUUCUUGUUAUGAAGGUUUUGGUGUCGGCCACAUGCGUGACACUAAAACGAAAGGAAUAUGGGUAUGGGGAACGCCGGUUGAAAUGGACAUCAAUGGAGUGAAAACCUCCGUCUUUUAUCUAGACACAGAGGGAUUUGAAAGUAUCGGGAAGUCAAAUGUCUACGAUGACAGGAUAUUUGCUCUCGCAACGGUUUUGAGUUCCGUGCUCAUCUACAAUUUGCCUGAGACGAUACGCGAAGCUGAUAUAUCCCGAUUGUCAUUUGCUGUUGAGCUUGCUGAAGAGUUCUAUGGAAGAGUAAAGGGGCAGGAUGUGGCUUUUGAACCCGCGAAACUACUGUGGCUUAUACAACGUGACUUUUUACAGGGGAAGUCUGUAAAAGAAAUGGUAGAUGAAGCUCUACGGCAUGUUCCUAACUCUGAUGGUGACAAAAAUAUCGAUCAGGUCAAUCAGAUUCGAGACUCCCUAGCUAUUAUGGGAGACAAUAGCACCGCUUUCAGCUUACCACAACCACACCUCCAAAGAACGAAGCUCUGUGACUUGAAAGAUGGGGAGCUUGACCAGAGUUACGUCAAAAAGAGAGAACAAUUGAAAGAAGUUGUCAAAUCUGUUAUCCGUCCAAAGAUUGUACAGGGCAAAUCGCUUAAUGGGAAGGAGUUUGUAUCUUUUCUUGAAAAGAUUUUGGAAGCUUUGAACAAAGGGGAGAUUCCAUCAACAGGCUCUCUCGUGGAGGUAUUCAACAAGAAAAUUCUCGAGCGAUGUCUGAAGUUAUAUGAGGAUAGUAUGAGCAAAGUGCGUUUACCUAUCUCCGAGCAAUCCCUUCAAUCCAUCCAUGAAGCUUCAAGAUUAGAAGCGUUUAAAGUUUUUGAAGAACAACAUUUUGGCCGUCACCAUGCAAAGAAAUCUGUUGAAGCACUCAAUGAAGACAUUGAAAAGAUGUUUAAGAAUUUCGUUAUGGCAAACCAAUAUCAAUCCUCAACAUUGUGUGAGGCACUCUAUACAACAUGCGAGGACAAAAUGGACCAACUUCAAGUCCUUAGAUUGCCGUCCAUGGCCAAAUUCAACGCAGGGUUCCUCCAUUGCAACCAAAGUUUCGAAAAAGAGUGUGUCGGGCCUUCUAAAACAAUAUACGAGCAACGGAUGGUGAAGAUGAUGGGAAAGUCAAAAUCUUUAUUCAUCAAGGAAUAUAAUCACAGACUGUUUAAUUGGUUAGUGGCUUUCUCGCUUGUAAUGGUGAUUGUUGGUCGAUUUAUCAUAAAAUUCAUCUUGAUCGAGAUUGGGGCGUGGAUACUCUUUAUCUUCUUGGAGACAUACACACGGAUGUUCUGGUCACCGGAGUCUCUUUAUUACAACCCCAUUUGGCAUUGCAUAGUAGCGACUUGGGAAACGCUCGUUUACAGCCCGAUUCUUGAUUUAGACAGAUGGGCGAUACAAAUUGGGUUAUUAGCGUUGAUAUUGUUGCUAUACUGGCGAUGCUACGGAAGGAGGAAACAUGGGUCGUAUUCUUUGUUACCGUUGUACAACAAUGGUGGUUCCAAAGUUCGGCAUAGAUCAGAAUAGAAGACCAUGGCAGCAGCAGCAGCAUCAUCAUCAUCAACAACCUUUUUUACUCAUUAUUUUUUGGAAAACAAAAUGCAGGAAGGAGGGUGGGGAUGGUUGAGGUUGAUAUACAAGUUUUCUUUAAAUGAUAUAAAUUCAUAGAAAAUGUAGAAGAAUGGAAUGUAUGUAACUUUAGCAAUUCAAAUUAUAUGUAUGAUUGUGUAAAGGCAUUCCAUACUUCAUGGAGUACAAAAAAAGGUUAGAUUACUGAC